AUGCCUGAGUCGGCGGCUGUGGCGAAGAGCGCUGCGUCCCGAAAGGCAUCAAAACAGUCGCUGAGCAAAGUCGUUAAAAAACCACCUAAGAAGCGGAGAAAGACUCGUAAACAGAGCUAUUCGACUUACGUGUACCGGGUGCUGACCCAAGUCCAUCCUUCCACAAGAAUUUCGUCCAAGGCUAUGAAUGUCAUGAAUUCGUUCGUUAUCGACAUUUUUGAGCGCAUCGCCUCUGAGGCUUCGCACCUGAUUCACUACAACAAGCGCCAGACCAUAUCGGCCAGAGAAAUUCAGAGCGCUGUCCGUCUUAUGCUGCCGGGCGAACUGGCCAAACACGCCGUCUCUGAAGGCACGAAAGCGGUCACCAAGUACACCAGUUCCGCUUAGAUUAGCCACGCUAAUGAAAACGAAUCGUUCCUCCUUUAUCAAAAACGGACACAAAAGGCUCUUUUAAGAGCCGCGCAUUACUGCCAACGAAGGGCUAAGAUCAAAAUGUUCGAUCAACUUAUGGCUCUACAGCAAUCUUGACUAUAAGGCAUUUGUCUUGGUAAGCUACACAAAUUUAUAGGGCAAACUCUUUUAAUCAGGAAUAGCAAGGGUUUUAACACAGCACCAAGAUAGCUCAGCUGGCCCGUACUGACUU